GAGAAGGAGAGAGAUUCUCGCGGGAAGGGAAGGGAAGUUAAAGAAGAGAAAAGCGAAGAGUCGCCGUCGGAGCUUCUUUCUUUCUCUCUCCUCCCAAUCCACCGAAUUCGUCGUUGUCCUCGUUUCCACGCUUCUCUGUCUGGUUAAAAUUAUUCCCAAAAUUCCUGGGUCUGGUGCGUCUCGCUCUCGACUCCUUCUCCAGGGACAUCAUAUAAUAUGCAUUUGCGCAUCGGGGAUGUCGUGACGGAUGGUUGGUAGACUGCGUGAUAAAUAACUGAUUCUUUUUUGGCGGGGUGGAUUGAAGUUGAGGAAUGGAUUCAGCCAGGAGUUGGUUCCAGAAAUUCCAGCCAAGGGAUAAGCUGAGAUCGAAUACGAAGAAGAAGGAGCCGGGUGGUUCCGGGAGAGAGGAUUCGAGCGUGCACUCGGUGUCGGGAGAUGAAGCGCUCUCUAAUGUCACCAAGCAGAGGGCGGCAGCAGCAAAGCAGUACAUCGAGAACCAUUACAAGGAGCAAAUGAAGAAUCUGCAGGAGAGGAGGGAAAGACGAAAUUUUUUGGAAAAGAAGUUGGCUGAUGCUGAUGUCUCCGAAGAAGAUCAAAACAACCUCCUCAAAUACUUAGAGAGGAAAGAAACGGAGUACAUGCGUCUUCAAAGACAUAAAAUGGGUGUUGAUGAUUUCGAAUUAUUGACAAUGAUUGGAAAAGGUGCAUUUGGAGAGGUCAGAGUCUGCAGGGAGAAGACAACAGGUCAAGUGUAUGCAAUGAAGAAGCUCAAGAAAUCAGAGAUGCUUCGUAGAGGCCAAGUCGAGCAUGUGAAAGCCGAAAGAAAUCUGCUUGCGGAGGUUGACAGCAAUUGCAUCGUCAAACUAUAUUGCUCCUUCCAAGAUGACGAGUUUCUUUAUCUUAUAAUGGAAUAUUUACCGGGUGGUGAUAUGAUGACUUUACUUAUGCGAAAGGAUACCUUGACCGAAGAUGAAGCCAAGUUUUAUGUUGGGGAAACAGUUUUAGCUAUUGAAUCAAUCCAUAAGCACAACUAUAUACACAGAGACAUAAAGCCUGAUAAUUUACUACUAGAUAAAUUUGGGCACCUAAGGCUGUCAGAUUUUGGAUUAUGCAAACCAUUAGACUGCAGUACUCUGGAAGAAAAGGAUUUCUCAGUAGGAAACAACAUUAACGGAUCAAAUCAAAUUGACGAUCGUCCCGCAGCUCCAAGACGUACACAACAAGAGCAACUACAACACUGGCAGAAGAACAGGAGAAUGCUUGCUUAUUCAACUGUGGGUACACCUGACUAUAUUGCUCCAGAGGUUUUGUUGAAGAAAGGUUAUGGGAUGGAAUGCGAUUGGUGGUCUCUUGGCGCUAUCAUGUAUGAAAUGCUCGUGGGGUAUCCGCCAUUUUACUCGGAUGAUCCAAUGUCUACUUGUAGAAAGAUUGUGAACUGGAGAACUCAUUUGAAGUUUCCUGAAGAAGCGAAGCUUUCUUCAGAAGCAAAAGACUUGAUCAGCAAACUUCUGUGCAAUGUGAAUCAGAGAUUGGGUUCAAAAGGAGCAUAUGAAAUAAAGGCUCAUCAGUGGUUUGCGGGUACUGAAUGGGAUAAACUUUAUCAAAUGGAGGCUGCAUUUAUUCCUGAGGUUACAGAUGAGUUGGAUACUCAAAAUUUUGAAAAAUUUGAAGAGCAGUCUGACAGUCAUGAACACUCCUCGGGCAAAGCAGGUCCAUGGAGAAAGAUGCUUUCUUCUAAAGACAUCAAUUUUGUUGGAUACACGUACAAGAACUUUGAAAUUGUCAAUGAUUACCCAGUCCCUGGGAUGGCUGAGUUAAAGAAGAAAAACAGCAGAUCGACAAGGCCAUCCGUGAAGACACUUUUUGAAGAUGAAGAGUCGAAGUCUUCAGGUACCAGUAUCGACGAUCAACCAGGUCAAGGAAGUGAUUACAGCUGAAUACAUCGUUCUAACUUCAUACAGGUAUAGGGGAUGGUGCAUACGAUCUCAUUUCAGGUUUUGAUUUGGUCCGAGAUGUUCACGAAGGAUUCCACAGCCAGUGGUGCAUGCCUUUGUUAUCGGAUGUCAUAUGAAAAACUUAGGAGGCAUAUGAAACUUCCCCUCAAACAUAUCAAAUUGCAGAUAUUGUUUUUCUUUAUUUUGUUGUAAUAUCUCAGUGUAACAGUAGGGUAAGUUGCGUUAUAAGUACGGGAGAUACAAACGUUGGAAAGAUCUAAGCUUGGAUUUGGGAUGUGCGGAAGCCAUUAUCAAGUUAUGUGCAUAGCUGGAAGCUUGAAAACAAA